UCAAUACUGACAUYAGUGUUUAUGCUGUUCCGCCRCAUGCCGAGCCAGGAGUUGAUGAAAGAAGGGCUUCAACGAAGACUUGCGCAAGGAUUUUAGAAAUGUCGUCGGUCAUGGACGGAGACGUGUUGUCAUUGUCRUCGUCUUCAUCAUUUCCAACCUCAUCAGCAGCAGCGGCAGUGGCAGGAACGCAGCAAGAUGAUUCAGCUAAGGAUGAYGGCAGUCUUCCUCGGAGUCCAGAAGAACACACAUCUACUAAAGAGCUAUGGUCAGAAAAUGCAAGCCCGAUGGGUGACAGACUGUUGUCCACAGAUGAACAGGUCACUUUGAUCACUGAGAGUCUGACGGUCACCUCCACCGACCARGAGAAAUUGCUGCUGCUCAACAAGAACACUGAGCUCCGCAGAGUGAACAAAGAGCUGAUGAAGCUUAACGAGGACUGGGACCAGGUUUACCGGAGCGCCACACUGGGUCUGCAGCGGAGACUGGAAGCUUUGGAGCAGGAAAACGGCGCCAUUAAACAGCUGAACAGCCAACUGCUCCUCAAAGUUGAACAACAACAAAGUGCAAAGGAGUAUUACGAACAAUCGCUUAUGACAGAGCUGAAGAAAAACCAGGAGUUGCAAGAAUAUGUCAGAUUGUUGGAGAACAAAAUGCACCGCCCAGAGAAAGACAUUUCAUCUGUCAAGCAGGGGGCCUUUAGUGCUGCGUCAUGUCCCUCCAGUGGUCAAAUUUCCAGAUACAUCCCAUCAACCUCCUCUUUCAUAGCUUCUCCCUUCUCAGAGGCGGGAUACAAGGCAAAGGGACCAACAAUUACAUCACUGGGAACUCUGGGAAACUCGCAGCAAGAAGUAAAAGAUUUAAAGGAGCAGCUGGACGCACUUAGAUGUCAGACUGAAAUUUAUGAAGCAGAAUAUCAGACGGAGCACAACGACCACAAGCACACGCUGCAGGAGAACCGGAGGCUCAGGAAGAAGAGGGAGGAGACGCGCCAACAGGUUGCACUACUGCAGGAACAGCUCAAGAUCUACGAGGACGACUUCAGGCGGGAGCGGUCCGAUAAACAGAUGCUGCAGCGACUGUUGUCGCAGAAAGCCUCCCAAAACAAGGACGCCGUGCUUGUCCACCGCUGCAAUAAUGAGCAGCAGCUCCUGGAGGGAGAGAAGAGAGCACAAAGCGGGGAGAAAAAAAAGCAGCACCACCCACUCUGCCCCAAGCAUCCCAACAGGGACAAAGAGUCCAGCUAAAACACCAGCAAAGGAUACAACUAUGGACUUGUCAAYGAAAACUGUUGAUUGGUUUUUCAUAACCAGCUUUCGUUUUAGGCUAAUAAGACAAGAAUCCUGACAAAUGUAGAAAACGAAAGUAUGAAUUUGUAUUGACUUUCAUUGAAAAAAUUAUGUAUUUUUGUACCUUAUUUAAUGCAUCCAUCUAUUUUCUUA